AGCAGGCACCUCAUGGGAGCGUGGGAAAGCUAUCGACGCCCACCUCGUCACGACCACGAGCGAAAAGGGUUGGGCGGCGAUUCGGUGACGGGAGUUUUCUUCCUUCAUACGUGCGCCUUGCCCCUCUCUUUCCUUUCGCCCUCGCUCGCACGCUUUGUUGGGAGGAGAGGAAGGAGGGAGGGGUCUACGUUCCGCGAGGAGAGGAAACGAAGCGGCGUUCGGCGGUUUCGCGGGGGCCAGGGGAGCAGCAGAGCGUGCGGGGGUUUCACUCCGCGAGGAGGACGGCAGUGGGCGACAGGCCACGCCUUUAAUUCGUGCCGUUCUCCUCUCCUGACGUGCUGCCGCUUCAUUAAUGGGGUGAACUAAAUCCCUUGGGGGAGAGCCCGAGGGCCAGAGAGGUGGGCUUCUUCUAACUUUCGACUCCCCAAAACCUUUACCUUCGUCACGGUGGAGAAGAAAAGGUGGGAGCUUUGGAGCGGUUAAGUUGGUCUAAUGGCCGCUGGAUCGGCCUCUCGAGCGACCGAGAGGCUGAAAGAAGGAGAUGGGCUGUACGAAGAGCUGUGGAGAGCGUGCGCGGGUCCUCUGGUGGAGGUUCCCCGUGCGGACGAGAGGGUGUUCUACUUCCCUCAGGGUCAUCUGGAGCAGUUGGAAACUUGGACAGAUCAGGAGUUGAACCAGCAGAUUCCCCUGUUUAAUCUUCCUCCCAAAAUUCUCUGCCGCGUCGUGAACAUUAAUCUGAAGGCUGAGCCGGAAACGGAUGAAGCCUAUGCUCAAAUCACUCUGAUCCCUGAAUCAGAUGUAAGAAACAACCAAAACGAGCCUACCUGUCCUGUUCCAUGCGUUGUGGAGCCACCGAGACCAGCGGUUCAUUCAUUUUGUAAGAUAUUGACGGCUUCGGAUACAAGUACCCACGGUGGCUUCUCGGUUCUUCGUAGACAUGCCACCGAAUGUCUUCCGCCUCUAGACAUGUCACAGCAAACCCCAGCAAAGGAGCUGGUUGCCAAGGAUCUGCAUGGACAGGAGUGGCGAUUCAAACACAUAUUCAGAGGUCAACCACGGCGUCAUUUGCUUACAACAGGAUGGAGUACGUUUGUAGCUUCUAAGAAAUUAGCGGCUGGUGAUGCACUCAUCUUGAUGAGAGGCGAGAAUGAUGAACUGCGAGUUGGAGUGAGACGGCUUGUCCACCGCCAGAAUACUAUGCCUUCAUCUGUAAUAUCUAGUCAUAGCAUGCACGUUGGAGUGCUUGCCACUGCAUCACAUGCCAUUUCGACUCAUAGUCUUUUCACGGUGUACUACAAGCCUAGGACUAGUCAGUUCAUCGUUGGUGUCAAUAAGUAUUUGGAGACAAUUAAAAAUGAGUUCACUGUUGGGAUGAGAUUCAAGAUGAGAUUUGAGGGGGAAGAUGUUCCAGAGAAAAGGUUUACUGGUACCAUAACCGGAAUCGGAGAUAUCUCGUCACAGUGGCCAUGUUCAAAGUGGAGAUCGUUAAAGGUACAAUGGGAUGAAGCAUCUAGCAUUCUGAGGCCAGAGAAGAUUUCUCCAUGGGAUGUUGAGCCUUUCGGUGGCUCCAUGUCUACUUCCAGUGAUGCUCAAGCAGGUUUUAUUAAGAACAAGAGAGCUUGGUCACCCUUGGACCUCCUGGGCCAUGAACCUAGUUCAACUAUUUGGAAUCCUGCUAAGGCCCAAAUAUCCGACUUAGGAUCCAUGAGCAGAAUCAUUGCUCAGAGCUUGGAGAAACGAUUUCUCUGGUUUUCUGGGCAGACAGAGAGUAUUGACAAUAAUUCUUUGCACAGUCCUAGCUCUUGCAAUCGAAGGUUGUCAGAUCACUGGUUAAGGGACUCAAAGUCUCCUUUGGAGAGCACAUCAUCUUCACUGAUAAAUGUGUCACUGAAACUCUCAAAGGGCACUGUUGCUUGUGACACAAAGACCACCCUCACUUCAUGGCUGCCUGCCUCCAAUCCUGUAACUGAAGAUCCCUCAUUAGAAUUGGAAUGCAAGAUGGAGAAUCAGAAGAAGCCGAAGAGUGGCAGCGGAUACAGGUUGUUUGGGAUUGACUUGGUCUGUCCUUCAAAUGAUAUAUCUUCCACCAUGAAGUUAUCGGUUGAAGUAGUGAGCCAAUCGAAUGCCACAAUUGAGGAUCCUGUUCCUGCGACUCCCUUGGUCGAGGAUAUAGAUGGGCAAUCUGGACUAUCAAAAGCUUCAAAAGAGGUAAAGCAAGUGCUACAAGUGUCUCCAAAGGAGAUCCAGAGGAAGCAGAAUAGUUCUACCAGAAGCUGCAUCAAGGUUCACAUGCAAGGAAUUGGAGUUGGCCGAGCUGUGGACCUGGCAAACUUCGAAGGUUACGACGAGUUGAUGCUUGAGCUAGAACAGAUGUUUGAGAUCAAAGGAGAGCUUCGCUGUCACAAUAAAUGGGAGGUGGUCUUUAACGAUGAUGAUGGAGUUAUGAUGCUCGUAGGUGACUACCCAUGGCCGGUGUUCUGCAAGCUAGCAAGGAAGAUAUUCAUCUAUGCAAGCGAGGAGGUGAAGAAGAUGGAACCUAAGAGCAAGCUACCUGCUGUUCCUUCCACGGACGGUGAAGCUGCAUAGCCGUGCUGCUGCUGCUGUUUCCCAGAAAGAACUGAUAACUGAAGGAUCGUGGAGUUGAAAAUUUCAUUUUUGUUCUUCCCUAUGGUUCCAUUUUCAUUUUUUUCCACUAAUUUGAGAGGUAAGUGUUCAAAACAUAAAGGAUUUUUUAUUGUUGCAUGCUCAGCAGUUUAUAGUGCUAAAUAUUUAGUUUUGUGUGGGAGAUAAAAUGAGUGUCAAGAAAGACCUUGAACAGGGAUGAUCACGAUUGUUUUCUUCGUGGAUUCCUCCCUGAUAUAUAAGCUCGUAAAUUUAUUAUCGUUCGA